AUAAUAAGAAAACAGGAGAGUCUAAUGGUUCAUAGAACCGUUACAUACGUUUUAAUGUGUUCACACUGUGUUAUCCACAAUAAAAUCACAUUUACGAAGAACAAAAAAAAGUCAAGAGGAUCUGAUUAUUAUUUUUUUUUUAAAAAAAUCAAUUUCUUUUAAAAAAAAGAGGCAAAUCAAAAUUACUACUUAUAUGAUGGCUUGUACAGUUUUUUGUGUUUGAAUUUAUUCUACAAAGAAACAACCAUGGAUAUUCCAAGUCCUACCAAGCUUGAGGGGAAAUUUGUGGGUAUUCUUGUUUGUUGGAUUCUUGGAUUUGGAUCUCUCAUUGCUUGGAAUAGUUUAAUGAGCAUAGGAGAUUACUACUACGCACUGUUUCCCAAUUAUCAUCCUUCAAGGGUACUCACCUUAGUGUAUCAGCCAUUUGCACUUGGAACAAUAGUGAUUCUUGCAUAUAACGAGGCAAAAGUUGAUACAAGAAAACGCAUCUUAGCAGGGUAUAUCCUGUAUACCUUAAGCACAUUUACGCUCAUACUGUUGGAUUUGGCAACUUCUGUUAGGGGUGGAAUAGGAAAUUACAUUGGUGUAUGCGCCAUCGUAGGUUGUUUUGGAAUUGGGGAUGCUGUUGUUCAAGGUGGAAUGACCGGAGAUUUAUCAUUCAUGUGCCCGGAGUUCAUUCAAUCGUUUUUCGCUGGUCUUGCUGCAUCUGGUGCACUUACCUCUGGUUUAAGGCUAAUAACCAAAGCAGCUUUUGAAAACAGUAACAAUGGCCUUCGCAAAGGAGUUAUGUUGUACCUUGCCAUCUCCGUAUUCUUUGAAUUCCUAUGCAUCCUUCUAUAUGCAUUCAUAUUCCCUAAGCUACCAAUUGUGAAGCAUUACCGCACAAAGGCAGCUGUAGAAGGAUCAACAACUGUUGCAGCAGACUUAGCUGCUGCAGGCAUCAAAACUCAAUCAAUCGAAAAAACUAAUAGUGAUGCAAAACAAUCGGAACGUCUAAGCACCAAACAACUACUUUUCCAGAAUAUUGACUAUGAGUUGGACCUGUACUUGAUUUAUGUCGCUACUUUAUCAAUUUUCCCCGGGUUCUUGUAUGAAAACACUGGUACCCACAAAUUGGGAUCAUGGUAUGCUCUAGUUUUGAUAGCAAUGUACAAUGUUUGGGAUCUGAUAGGGAGAUAUGUUCCACUGAUUGAUAAAAUCAAGUUGAAAUCACCAAAGGGCCUCAUGAUCGCGACCCUCUCACGUUUCUUACUGGUCCCUUGCUUCUACUUCACUGCAAAAUAUGGUGAUCAAGGCUGGAUGAUAUUUCUGGUAUCCUUCUUGGGACUCACAAAUGGUCAUCUCACAGUUUGUGUCAUGACAGCUGCACCUAAAGGAUACAAGGGUCCUGAGCAAAAUGCAUUGGGUAAUUUGCUAGUGGUAUUCAUAUUAUGUGGAAUAUGUUCUGGUGUUGCUUUAGAUUGGUUGUGGAUUAUUGGUAAUGGAAAAUUCUGAGAUGUUAUGUGACAGGACAAUAACUAACAUCACAUUUAAACAUAUGUAAUUCUGGCUUUAGAAGUUGUUAUCAGAAGUCAAAUUCAUUCAGAAGAGAAAAAAAAAAGAGAGAGAAUUAUCUUGUUCAAGUUCUGAUGUACAAUUAUAGUCUUUCAUUUCCCUUUUUUUGGUUCAUCAAAUAUGUAAAAAAAAUCAAAGUUGUCAUUCAAAUUGUAGACUCUGGUAUGGCCAAAUAAGUAAAAGUUUUAGACCUCACUCUUAUGAGAUAUUUGGGCUUGUUGUUUCUUCUUGUGAAAGGGUUGUCAUAUUUGGGCCAAAAUUGGGCUUAC